CCUCCAGCGCGACAUCAAACACUCUUUCGCCUUCCUUUCGGAAUCUGUCAUCUGUGACCCUGUCCUUCAGAAUGACGCGCCGUCGUUCCAACGUGAAUAGACCUCACAACACCCAACAAGUAGACCUCGCACUAUUGGAAGCUAUAUCAAAAUAUCGUAUCCUGAGUUUCAGAAAAGGCGGUGCUUCUGGAUGGGCGCCGUCUUUGGCCCGUUGCCGUCUUGUACACGCCUAUGCGGUCAAACACAACCUCCAGCCACGUCGGAUUCGGGACCUCCUUAAUAUCAUCACUCGCUACAAUGGUGUUUCCUUACCCGAAAGCCCUAUCAGUACUAUCACUGCUGUGACCCCCUGGAAACAUCUCGCCUUUGGAAUCUCACCUGAGCACAACCCUAUGAAAAAGGCACCGAACUUGACGUCUCCUCCCCCGUCUUCUCCUAGCCGUAUCACCGCUGCUUCCAUGUCGCAAAGGCGCCUGGCCUCCAAUAGGCCUGCUCUCCGAAGUCGUCUAUCUUUCACCGCUGUUUGUGACCCAGGCUUGUAUUCGGGGACCUCUCCUGCUCAUCCGUUUUCCUCGCUAAUAGUAGCCAUUAUCCCACGCCGGUACACGCCGGAUCAGCAGGUCUUGUCAAUGCCCCUUUAUCCCCCUUCACCAUUACGAACGCGAGCUCGGCAGCCUGAAGGUCCAAAGAAGUUCUCUAGUCUAUAGACGUGUUCCCCCAUGCCGAGUCCUGCCAACAUCUCGCCUUCUGUACAACGCCGC